AGCUAAUCAACCAUAUUUAUGAUUGAAGGAUAUUAUACAGCCCCUCUAUCAUCAUCUGGCUGCAAAAAGUGACAUGUCAUGUUUUUGCUUGCUAUUUGUAGAGUAAUAGGUAUAACAUGUACUAUGUCCCGGUGGUGGGAACUGUCGUCUAACCUGUCGAUGGAUUUUUCGUUUUUUGCUUGCAAUGAAAUUAAUUUACUUCUAGACGUUUAUAACAAUAAAACAAUCGCUUUUCUGUUGUUUGGUUUUGCUACUAUCGAUGUAAGGAAAUUCCAAAAGUUACACCGAAAGUAGCAAAACUGAAUGACAAAAAAUGCUUUGAAAGGGAAUUAUUGUAUUGUUAUAUAGAUUUCUAUAGAAGCAAAAGUUAUUUCAUUGCCAUCAAAAAAACGGAAAACUCCAUCGAUGUGAAACAUUAAUUUUUUUUAUUUUGACAGGUUAGUCGACAGCUCCCACCACUGGGACGUCGUACAUUUUGUUCACACACCCCCCUCUCCCAACUGUAAACAGCGAGCAAAAAACACGAAAUGCAACUUUUACUUUAAAAAUUGAAUGGAAGGAAUAUAUUAGAUAACAUUUGGCAACCCCGUCUGACCUCUUCCAACUUGCGCAUUGCAGUCAUUGCACCGGUAUUUGAUUAUGACGUCAUCGGUGUCAUCGAUAAUAAAAUAAAUUUUGUUCCAAGUGAGGUGCCAUUUUGUGGCUCCGUUAGAAAAAGUUUUGUAAAGAUUUGGUAAAAACCAGUAUUGUGUAAAAUUUGUGAAUUAGAAUUCCAAAUAAAUAUUUUUAUGAUCAUUCGAAACUAACGACACGACAUACGACCUGAAAACCACCAAACAUGGAUCAAAUCCCCCCUCCCAAGGUGGUAAAAAUUCUAGAAACCGCGGAAGACAUCCAGGAACGACGUCAAGAAGUCUUAACCCGAUACGACAACUUUAAAGCUGACGCAAGAGCAAAAAGAGAAAAGCUUGAAGAUUCUAGAAGAUUCCAAUACUUUAAACGAGACGCUGAUGAACUUGAAUCAUGGAUUCUGGAAAAACUGCAGGCAGCUUCAGACGAAAGUUACAAAGAUCCUACAAACUUGCAAGCAAAAAUACAAAAACACCAGGCUUUUGAAGCUGAAGUAGCUGCUCAUAGCAAUGCUAUCGUCGUUUUGGAUAACACUGGGCGAGAAAUGAUAAACCAAAAUCAUUAUGAAAGCGAAACAAUCAGAAGAAGAUUGGAGGAACUACACAGACUAUGGGAGCAACUCCUCUCAAAACUCGCCGAAAAAGGAACCAAGCUCCAACAAGCCCUUGUUCUGGUCCAGUUCAUCCGUCACUGCGAUGAAGUCAUGUUUUGGAUUAAUGACAAAAGCACAUUUCUUUCUACUGAAGAGUUUGGUCAUGAUUUAGAGCAUGUAGAAGUUCUUCAACGUAAAUUUGAUGAAUUUCAAAAAGACAUGGCUUCCCAAGAAUAUAGAGUAACAGAAGUUAAUGAGCUGGCUGAUAAAUUAUUGCAUGAUGGUCAUCCAGAACGUGACCAAAUCAUUACUAGGAAGGAAGAAUUAAACAUCGCAUGGCAACGCCUCAAACAGAUAACAUUAAUGAGACAAGACAAGCUCUAUGGAGCUCAUGAGAUACAGCGGUACAAUAGAGAUGCUGAUGAAACAGUUGCUUGGAUAGCUGAAAAAGAUGUCGUAUUAUCAUCAGAUGAUUAUGGUAGAGAUCUUGCUAGUGUACAAGCUCUUCAAAGAAAACAUGAAGGAGUCGAAAGAGAUUUGGCGGCUUUGGAAGAUAAAGUAUCAACUUUGGGUAAAGAAGCUGAUAGAUUGGGUGCUAUUCAUGCUGAUCAUGGAGAUGUUAUUCAAAAUAAGAGGGCGGAAAUUGAGGAUUAUUGGCAUAGUUUGACAGAAAAAGCUAAGGAAAGACGCGAAAAACUAGAAGAAUCUUAUGCUCUACAUCGAUUCUUAGCAGACUUCAGAGACUUGGUCUCUUGGAUUAAUGAUAUGAAAGCUAUCAUCUCUGCAGACGAAUUGGCAAAAGAUGUGGCAGGUGCUGAAGCCCUUUUGGAAAGACACCAGGAACAUAGAGGAGAAAUUGAUGCUAGAGAAGACAGCUUCAAAGCUACCACUGAAGCUGGACAACAACUUUUGGACAAAGGCCACUAUGCUAGUGACGAAGUAAAAGAAAAAUUGUCAACAUUGGAUUCUGAUAAGAAGUCUUUGAUAGCUUUAUGGGACGAAAGGCGUAUACUCUAUGAACAAUGCAUGGACUUGCAACUUUUUUAUAGAGAUACAGAGCAAGCAGAUACAUGGAUGGCUAAACAAGAAGCAUUUUUGGCCAAUGAAGAUUUGGGUGACUCAUUAGAUUCAGUAGAAGCGCUAAUUAAAAAACAUGAAGAUUUUGAAAAGUCUCUUGCAGCUCAAGAAGAGAAGAUCAAAGCUUUAGAUGAGUUUGCUACAAAAUUAAUUGAUGGAGAACAUUAUGCUGCUGAUGAUGUAGCUCAGAGACGUGCCAUGCUUUUGGAACGCCGUAAAGCGCUUAAAGAGAAAUCCAGCAUACGUAGAGAAACACUUGAAGAUGCCUACAAACUUCAACAAUUUGAGCGUGACUGUGAUGAAACCAAAGGCUGGAUUAACGAGAAACUCAAAUUUGCAACAGAUGAAAGCUAUUUGGAUCCUACAAACUUGGGAGGAAAAGUUCAAAAACAUCAAAAUUUCGAACAAGAGCUUAAUGCUAACAAAUCUAGAAUGGAAGAUAUCACUUCUACUGGACAAGAAUUGAUUGAAGCUAAUCAUUAUGCUGCACCACGUAUUCAAUCUCGUAUGGAAGAAAUUGUAAACUUGUGGGAAACUCUGGUUCAAGCUACUGACAAGAAGAACUCAAAAUUACAAGAAGCCAGUCAGCAACAACAAUUUAAUAGAACUAUUGAAGAUAUUGAGUUGUGGCUAUCAGAAAUUGAAGGACAGUUAAUGUCAGAGGAUUAUGGAAAAGAUUUAACCUCUGUACAAAAUUUACAAAAGAAACAUGCCUUGUUAGAAGGAGAUGUUGCUUCCCACCAAGAUAGAAUUGAAAGCAUCACUUCAGCUGCCAAUCAGUUUGUAGAAAGAGGGCAUUUUGAUGCUGACAAUAUUGCUUACAAACAAAAAGUGCUGACCGAUAGAUAUGCAGCCUUGCAAACACCAAUGGCAGUAAGAAAGCAAAGAUUGUUAGAUUCUUUGCAAGUACAGCAACUGUUUAGAGAUGUUGAAGAUGAAGAAGCUUGGAUUAGAGAAAAGGAACCUGUCGCAGCUAGCACAAAUAGAGGACGUGAUUUGAUUGGAGUUCAAAAUUUGAUCAAGAAACACCAAGCAGUUUUGGCCGAAAUUAAUAACCAUGAGGGUCGUAUUAGAGCAGUCAUUGAUGCUGGCAAGCAGAUGAUGGAAGAUGAACACUUUGCAAUGGAUGAAAUUAGAAACAGGGUUAAUACUCUUAAUGAUCAUUGGGAAUCUCUCAAGGAAAAAGCAAGCCAACGGAAGCAAGAUCUGGAAGAUUCUCUUCAAGCUCAUCAAUAUUAUGCAGAUGCAAAUGAAGCUGAAUCAUGGAUGAAGGAAAAGGAACCAAUUGUCAGCAACCCGGACUAUGGCAAAGAUGAGGAUUCUUCUGAAGCUCUUCUAAAAAAACAUGAAGCUCUUAUGAGUGAUUUGGCUGCUUUUGGAAAUACAAUCGAUGCAUUGAAAGAACAAGCUCGUAGCUGCAGACAACAAGAACCUCCAGUUGUUGAUGUCACGGGUAGAGAAACUGUCCAAGCUUUGUAUGACUACACAGAAAAAUCUGCUAGAGAAGUGUCAAUGAAGAAAGGAGAUUUGUUACAUUUAUUAAAUUCUAAUAAUAAGGAUUGGUGGAAAGUUGAAAUCCAUGACCGUCAGGGUUUCGUUCCAGCGGCGUACGUUAAAAAAGUCGACGCUGGUCUCACUGCCUCUCAACAGAACCUCUUAGAUAGCAGUUCUAUAUCUGCCAGACAGAACCAAAUAAAUCAACAAUAUGACAGACUCCUUCAGUUGGCUAAUGAACGUCGCAACAAACUUGACGAAACUGUUAAGGCCUAUGUGCUUGUCAGAGAAGCUGCCGAAUUGGCAGGAUGGAUCAAAGACAAAGAAAUGCAUGCUCAAGUACAGGAUGUGGGCGAAGACUUAGAACAAGUUGAAGUGCUCCAAAAGAAAUUUGAUGAUUUCCAGACCGAUUUGAAGGCUAACGAAGUCCGCUUGGCUGAAAUGAAUGAAAUCGCAAUGCAACUCGUCUCAUUGGGUCAAACUGAAGCUGCUUUAAAAAUCCAAACUCAAAUGCAAGAUUUGAAUAAUAAAUGGACCAGUUUGCAACAAUUAACCACCGAGAGAGCUAGCCAGUUGGGUUCUGCACAUGAAGUUCAGAGGUUCCACAGAGAUGUAGACGAGACUAUUGAUUGGAUAAACGAAAAAGACGAGGCUCUGAAUAAUGAUGAUUUAGGUAAAGAUUUGAGAAGUGUUCAAGCUUUGCAGAGAAAACAUGAAGGUUUAGAAAGAGAUUUGGCUGCUUUAGGUGACAAGAUUAAACAGUUGGACGAUACAGCAAAUCGUCUGACUCAGACCCAUCCAGAAUCGGCUGAACAAACCAGGAUCAAACAAGAAGAAAUCACCAAAUUGUGGACUCAACUAACAGCAAAAGCUAACAGCCGAAAAGAAAAAUUACUCGACUCAUAUGAUCUUCAAAGAUUCCUUAAUGAUCAUCGCGAUCUUUUGGCUUGGAUUAACUCCAUGUUGGGAUUGGUUAGUUCCGAAGAAUUAGCUAAUGAUGUCACUGGUGCUGAAGCUCUGAUUGAACGUCAUCAGGAACACCGUACCGAAAUUGACGCACGGGCUGGUACUUUCCACGCUUUGGAACAAUUUGGCCAACAACUUUUGAAUUCUAACCACUAUGCCAGUCCAGAAAUUCAAGAUAAACUACAACAACUAAACACUGCACGUGCUGAUUUGGAACGUGCAUGGAUUGACAGGCGUCUACAACUUGAUCAAAAUUUGGAACUCAAUUUAUUCUACAGGGAUUGUGAACAAGCUGAAAAUUGGAUGUCUGACAGAGAAGCUUUUAUUGCUUCUGACGAAGUUGAUAGCAAUGGUGAUAAUGUAGAAGCUCUGAUCAAGAAGCACGAAGAUUUUGAUAAAGCUAUCAAUGCUCACGAAGAAAAGAUUGCUGCUCUACAGAUGCUUGCUGAUCAACUAAUUGAAAGGGAGCAUUAUGCUUCCAAACCUAUUGAUGACAAACGUAAUCAAGUUCUGGAUCGAUGGCGCCAUCUUAAAGACGCGCUUAUCGAAAAACGUUCCAAACUGGGUGAAAGUCAAACUCUUCAACAAUUCUCCAGAGAUGCAGACGAAAUCGAAAACUGGAUCGCCGAAAAACUUCAGUUAGCCACAGAAGAAAGCUACAAAGACCCAGCUAACAUACAAUCAAAGCAUCAAAAACAUCAAGCAUUUGAAGCUGAACUAGCAGCUAAUGCUGACCGUAUCCAGGCAGUUUUAGCUAAUGGUGCCAACUUGAUCAACAAGCAUCAAUGUGCAGGAUCUGAAGAAGCUGUUCAGAAACGUUUGGAAUCCAUCGCCGAUCAAUGGGAAUUUUUAACACAGAAAACUACAGAAAAGUCUUUAAAACUUAAGGAGGCUAAUAAGCAAAGAACUUUCAUUGCUGCUGUAAAAGAUCUAGACUUUUGGUUGGGUGAGGUUGAAAGUUUGCUCACUAGUGAAGAUGCUGGAAAAGAUUUGACUUCUGUACAGAAUUUGAUUAAGAAACAUCAGUUGGUCGAGGCUGAUAUUCAGCAUCAUGACGACCGGAUAAAUGAUAUGAACGACCAAGCAGAUUCUUUAAUAAAGAGUGGCCAAUUUGACACUGCAUCUAUUCUAGAAAAACGAGAUUCUAUUAACUCACGAUAUGAACGUAUCAAGAAUUUGGCAGCUCACAGACAAGCCAGACUAAAUGAAGCCAAUACCCUACACCAGUUUUUCAGAGAUAUUGCUGACGAGGAAUCUUGGAUUAAGGAAAAGAAACUCCUUGUAGGUUCUGAUGAUUAUGGACGCGAUUUGACUGGUGUCCAAAACCUGAAGAAGAAACACAAACGUCUUGAAGCUGAAUUGGCAUCUCAUGAACCUGCCAUUCAAUCCGUCCAAGAAGCAGGUGAGAAACUUAUGGACGUAUCUAACUUGGGAGUUCCCGAAAUUGAACAACGCCUCAAGGCUUUGAAUCAAGCUUGGGCUGAAUUAAAACAAUUGGCUGCUACCAGAGGACAGAAAUUAGAUGAAUCAUUGACUUAUCAACAAUUCUUGGCUAAAGUUGAAGAAGAAGAAGCUUGGAUAAGUGAGAAGCAGCAAUUGUUGGGCGUUGAAGAUUAUGGUGAUACCAUGGCUGCUGUGCAGGGAUUGUUGAAAAAGCAUGAUGCUUUUGAAACCGAUUUCCAGGCCCACAGAGACCGUUGCAAAGAUAUCAGCGAUGAUGGUCAACGUCUAAUUUCCGAAGGAAACCAUCACUCUGAUAGCAUCAAUCAGCGUUGUCAACAAUUGCAAACCAAACUUGAUCAUUUGGCAGCAUUAGCUGGUAGACGUAAAGCUAAGCUUGUUGAUAAUUCUGCUUACUUGCAAUUCAUGUGGAAAGCUGAUGUCGUUGAAAGUUGGAUUGCAGAUAAAGAAAGUCAUGUUAAGAGUGAGGAAUUUGGUAGAGAUUUAUCUUCUGUGCAAACAUUGCUUACCAAACAAGAGACUUUUGAUGCUGGUCUUACUGCAUUUGAACAUGAAGGUAUUCAAAACAUCACUGCUCUAAAAGACCAACUAAUAUCAUCUAACCACGACCAAACUCAAGCUAUUGUUACUAGACAUCAAGCUGUCAUUGCAAGAUGGCAAAAACUUCUGAAUGAUUCUGACGCACGUAAGCAACGCCUUCUCCGUAUGCAGGAACAAUUCAAAGAAAUUGAAGAACUCUUCCUUAUGUUCGCUAAGCGUGCAUCUGCAUUCAAUUCCUGGUUUGAAAAUGCCGAAGAGGAUCUUACUGACCCUGUGCGUUGCAAUUCUAUUGAGGAAAUUCGAGCUCUUAAAGAAGCUCAUGCCCAAUUCCAGGCAUCUCUCUCCAGUGCUCAGGCAGAUUUUGACGCUCUGGCAGCUCUAGACCAGCAAAUUAAGAUGUUUAAUGUGGGACCGAAUCCAUAUACUUGGUUCAACAUGGAAGCAUUGGAAGAUACAUGGAGGAACUUGCAAAAGAUUAUUGCUGAGAGAGAUGUAGAGUUGAACAAGGAAGCACAAAGACAAGAAGAGAAUGAUAAGUUAAGAAAGGAAUUCGCUAAACACGCUAAUGCUUUCCAUCAGUGGUUGACGGAGACACGUACCUCCAUGAUGGAGGGCUCAGGUUCUCUAGAGCAACAACUCGAAGCCACAAAACGAAAGGCAGCAGAAGUACGUGCUCGCAGAUCGGACUUGAAGAAGAUAGAAGACCUUGGUGCCAUUCUUGAGGAACAUCUAAUCUUAGACAACAGAUACACUGAACAUUCUACAGUUGGUCUAGCUCAACAAUGGGAUCAACUCGACCAGUUAGGCAUGAGAAUGCAGCACAAUUUGGAACAACAAAUACAAGCUCGAAAUCAAUCUGGUGUAAGUGAGGAUGCUCUUAAAGAAUUCUCCAUGAUGUUCAAACAUUUCGACAAAGAAAAAUCGGGAAAAUUGAAUCAUCAAGAGUUCAAGAGUUGUUUGCGAGCUCUUGGUUACGAUUUGCCUAUGGUUGAAGAAGGACAACCUGAUCCGGAGUUCGACGCAAUUUUAGAUGUGGUUGAUCCAAAUAGAGAUGGACAUGUUUCGCUACAAGAAUAUAUGGCCUUUAUGAUAAGUAAAGAAACUGAAAAUGUUCAAAGUUCGGAAGAAAUUGAAAAGGCAUUCCGAGCCAUCACCGCAGGAGAUCGUCCUUAUGUCACAAAGGAGGAACUAUAUGCGAACCUUACGAAAGAAAUGGCGGAUUAUUGUGUGGCGAGGAUGAAACCUUAUGUGGAACCAAAAACAGAACGUCCUAUACAGGGUGCACUGGACUACAUAGAUUUUACACGCACACUCUUUCAAAAUUAGUUAGUUCUUGCAGCUUUAGGCGCUUUUUGCUAAAUGUUAUUUGAACCGUAUAGUAUGCAAUAAGAAAAAUAUUUAUUGAGAGUAUAUAUUCCAGAUUUAUAUAUUUAUUGAUCAGUUCAGUAUAUUACAAUUCUAACAGUUUUGUAGUUUUUUUGCAAUUAUCAUUAUUUUAUAAGAGCUUAAAGGCUUAUUUUUAGCGUUUGACAAAAAAUGUUAAAGUGUUCAUUUUUAAUAUUAUACUUUUUUGUAAUUUUUAUUGUAACGUUGAGAUGUUUCUCAAAUAUAUAACUUGCUUCAUUA